AGAUACACACACCAUAUGUACAUAAUACACGUAGCCCAAACCAAUUGCCUCGCCUCAUAAAAACAAGGCACCACACACAAGACAAAUCCAACAGUCAUAGCAUAGGAACCUUCCUUCCCCUUCCACCAUAAUCUUCCGUUACAAUAACAAUAAAACCCACCUCUCCAACUCCAACUCGACACCCAAAACAGAAAACAAACACCGCCCACGACAAUUUCAUUUCAUUUCCUUCACCAAAACCUUUCUCCUAACUCGAUCAUAAUUUCAUAUGGACAUCACUAACAAAUACAAUCACCAAAACCACAAACCCACCAACUAUGCUGUCAACGGUAAGAUUAUGCUCUGCUCAGUCAUCAUUCUCUUCAUCGUCAUCUUCACCAUAGCUUGCUUCCACAGCUACGUCCGCUGCUUCUUCCACCGCCACCACCCACGCCGUACUCGCCGCACACCACGCUAUCUCUUCCCCCACCCUGUUAUUUCUUUCACCACCCUCCUCGAAACUACCCUCUCUCCGACCAAUCCCAAGGCCUUGGAUCCCUCUGUUCUCAAGACCCUCCCUACUUUUACUUACUCGGCCACCACCCGCAUCAACCCAGCACCACUAGAGUGCGCCGUGUGUUUAUCUGAGUUCGAAGACGAAGAGCAAGGCCGUGUAUUGCCCAAGUGUAACCACACCUUCCAUUUAGAGUGCAUAGACACUUGGUUCCAGUCUCAGUCCAAUUGUCCACUCUGCAGGGCUCCGGUUCAACCCGAUAUUCCGCUUCCUAGGCUGGAAAUUUCGCCUGAAACGGCAAUAACAGUGAAUGAACCGGGCGGUUCGGAGCAUGAGACGGCUGAAGCUAAAGUGGGUUGCUCGAGAUGUUUGCCGUCGACGAGUGGUUCGGCGGAGGAAUAUGGGAGAAAGCCAAUAAUGGAAGUGGUAGAAGAACCAAAAAAUGCUACUAACCAAACUGUCAUUAGGAGCUUAGAUAUGCAGAGAGAAAGGUAUGCAUAA